AAUUUUGGUGGUAGCUAUUCAAGCCGAACGUACGUUCUCUUGCGCGUCACCGCCGUCUGUUUAUUCCUCCACCAUGGCCACUACCUCGUCAACCUCCUACUUCGAGAGAAUACAAGACUUCGUAGCCGAAAAUAAAAAGGCAGUCGUUAUAGGAGCAGCUGCUACCGCGCUCGCUGUUGGAGGUGUUGUUUAUUAUGCUUCCACCUCGCGCGGUCCAGGCGGUGACUCGGAGAAGGGCAAGACGAGAGAUAAAAAGAAACUUGUCAAUGAUGCAGACGGGCCCCUACUUGAAGAGAUAAAGCCCAAAGUUGCCGACGAGGAGGAUGUGCUAUCAGUGGAAGAGAUCGCCGGAAUGUCAGUGGAGGAGCGCACAAAAUUGGCAGGCACACUCAAGACCCGGGGUAACACGCUCUACCAGAACCGAAAGUUCCAGCAGGCAGUAGACAUGUAUACGCGUGCAAUCCAGGUGGCAACAAAAUCAGAGCCCGUGUACUACAGCAACCGUGCGGCAUGUUACAUGAACAUGACACCCCCUAAGUAUGAGUUGGCGGUCCAGGACUGUGAUGAAGCGCUACGUGCUGACGCCAGCUAUGUAAAAGCGCUGAACAGGCGUGCCAAUGCACUGGAAGCCUUGUCCAGAUAUGAGGAGGCUCUACGGGAUUUCACUGCUGCCACUAUCUUGGAUAAAUUCCAAAACGAGUCGGCUGCACAGGCUGUGGAACGCGUCCUGAAGAACAUUGCGACAGCGAAAGCUACCGUCAUCCUUACGACACGCGAACCUCGACUUCCCUCAUUCACGUUUGUUUCAGCUUACUUUGCGGCAUUCCGUGUCCGACCCCUGCCCGCACUCCCGGAGAACCCAUCAACUGGUGACAGCACUCUUAUACUCGCAUUACAAGCUUUAGAAGCUGCCGACUAUGCACACGCGGUAUCGCUCGUGAACGAUGCAAUGGAACAGGGUAUUUCAUGGGAGAUAGGCAAAGCCGAAGCUCUCAACCUUCGCGGUACUUUCAAGUUCCUUAUGGGUGACGUGUCCGGCGCUAAGGAUGAUCUGUAUGAAUCCGUCAAGAUUUUUCCCUCCUUGACACAAAGCUGGGUGAAGAUCGCGAGCGUCCACAUGGAGCAAGGCGAGGGUACGAAGGCCUUUGAGUGCUUUGAGGAAGCGAUCAAGCACAACCCCCAGGACCCCGACAUCUAUUACCACCGUGGACAAGUUCUCUUCAUCACCAAUGAAUUCAAGGAGGCCGCAGACAACUACACCAAGUCCAGCGAACUCGAUGACACAUUUGUAUUCUCGCAUAUCCAGCUUGCCGUCGCCCUAUACAAGAUGGGUGAACUUGCACGGAGCAUGGCGACUUUCCGACGGACGAUGACCAAUUUCCCUCAACGAAGCGAGCCUCAGAACUACUAUGGCGAGCUGUUGUUGGAUCAACAACGUUUCAUGGAUGCCGUUGAUAAGUUUGAUCGCGCUGUGGAGCUCGAGCGUGCUAAACCUCCCCCGAUGAACGUUCUCCCUCUCGUCAACAAGGGCCUCGCCAUCUACCAAUGGAAACAAGACAUCACUGCUGCAGAACGGUGCUGCGAUGAAGCCUUGCAAAUUGAUUCUGAGUGCGAGCCUGCAGUCGCUACGCUUGCCCAACUGUCAUUGCAGCAGGGCAAGAUUGACCGCGCUGUUGAGAUGUUCAAGAGGCAAGCGGAACUGGCGCGCAGUGAACCCGAGCUGAUCAAUGCCCUUACGUACCAAUAUGCAAGCAUGGCACAAUUGGAGUUCACACGCAAUUACCCAGCCAUGGCGGAGCAAUUGGCACAGAUCGCAAGGUCGAUGGCGAUGUGAAAGUGGAUGUUUACUUCUACCUCCUCUCCCCCCAUUUGCCGCUGUCCAAUUUUUUUUUACAGAAAUCGGACACGCGGGAGAAAGGGAUCGGCGGGGUCCGGGAGUUCACCUUGGACAUCGAAGGACUACUUAGACUGCUCAAGUUAUCGUUUUUAAUGCUUAACACAUCUUUCUCCAUAUCUUCUAACGCACAACAUUUCAAAUACCACGCUCACUCCACUCGUUUCUUCUACUGAUUUGAAAGUUUGGCGCGAUUUAACAAAAUAUCCCGGCGAUGAGCUUGUACAUAGCAGGCACUACAAGUAAUUCGUGGGUAUAUGAGACACUCGAAUUCAUAUAUUAUCAGGAACUCACCUGAGACACUA